GCUGUCCAGAAGAGGAAAGACGGUGAUCUUCUCCAUUCACCAACCACGCUACUCCAUCUUCAGACAGUUUGACCACCUGACUCUGAUGCACAAGGGAGAGAUAGUGUAUGCAGGAGCAGCAGAGCGUGCUCUGGACUACUUCACAGGCCUUGGAUAUCAGAUCGAAGCUUUCAACAACCCUGCUGACUUCUUCAUGGAUAUCACAAAUGGCGAAGCAAUGCCAACAGUAGAAACACCAACUGCAG